UUCCCUGCUGUCUAUGAUAUGUAGUGAUGUCAAUUGUAUUGGUACCUGACGGAAACUCGACUUCCCUCAUGAAAUGGGGAUGCAAAGAUUUUUUCUUUCCCCAAUGGGAAUGGGGACGGAACAGGAAAAGGGAUAGAAAGCCGCCCUUGUUGACAUCUCUUCUGUAUUCGUGCAUAACUGCUGAUUUUGAAUAUUCCCUCCCAGUCGGCUAAUCCAGAGCAGUAUUUGGAUGACUACUUUUCCACUCUGCAAAAAUGGUAUGUAUGUACUACAUCACUUCUAUUUCAUCUAUCCUCCGAUUCUACACUGCUUUUUAUCCUCUUCUUGGCAGUUUUGGAUUACUGGGUAAUGAUGAUAAUAAUUUAUUGUCGAUUUGAAAACUACCCUUUCGCCUUCACAUUGCAAUUCAUGUGCUUUCUUCUUCUCUUGUCACAAUUAAGCUUCUUUUAUUUUCCCCCUCAAAGAUCUAGUCUUUAAUUUUUCUUGUUUUCAUAUCUCCAAGCUUUUGAAAUUUCGGGUUCUGCAUUCCAAAUCUGGACUUUCUUUUCUGAGUGGAUUGUUUUGUGACCACUGAUCAAUUUGCCAAUACUCCUCCGCUUCUUCAUUUCAUAUACCUAAGUUCUGAACCGAAUUUUACUUGUUGCUCUGGUCAUGGGUUCAAGGGGUUUCUUGGUUUCAAUGUUCAUAUGCCUGUUUUUGCCCAAAAUUUGUAUGGACAGCGUUCCAAACAAAGGCAGGUUGAAACUGGGGUUCAAAGGGUCUCCGACGUCUUGGAUAGACUAUAGUGGAACGUUUCUGGUAUCCAACAAUUCGAAUUUCAGAUUCGGGUUCCAAUUUACAAACAAUAUCACUUUCUCUCUGCUUGUGGUAAUGCAUCAGAGCACCGAUACUGUGGUUUGGUCAGCUAAUAGGGCCUCUCCAGUCCUGGUUUCUGAUUACUUUUUGCUUGAUGAAACUGGAAAUGCCUAUUUGCAAAGUGGUGGAUCCACGAUUUGGGCCACGAAUACUGGUGGCAGAGGAGUUUCUGCAAUGGAAUUGAAGGACUCGGGGAAUCUGGUUUUGGUGGGGAAUGAUAGUAGCAUUAUUUGGCAGAGUUUCAGCCAUCCUGUGGAUACUCUUCUGUCUAACCAGGAGUUUAUUGAAGGGAUGAAGCUUGUGAGCAGUCCAAACACCAAUAACUUGAGUUACUCCCUUGAAAUCAAGUCUGGUGAUGUGUUACUUUCUGCAAGUUUCAAACCUCCACAGCAGUAUUGGGCUAUGGGGAAUGACAACCGAAAGACCAUAAAUAAGUUUGGCAGAUCCGUUGUUUCUGCUACCCUCGACACCAAUUCUUGGAAAUUUUAUGAUAGAAGCAAAGCCCUAAUCUGGCAGUUCAUUUUCUCGGAGAAUUCUGAUGUGAAUGCUACAUGGGUGGCAGUUUUAGGAGAGGAUGGUUUUUUAACUUUCAGUGUUCUUGGAAGCGAAAGGGCUGAGACUUCCCCAACAAAAAUACCGCAAGAUGAGUGUGGCAGACCAGCAGCUUGUGAUCCGUAUUUUGUUUGUUUUGAAGGCGUCCAAUGUCAUUGCCCUUCAUCGCUUCCGUCUUGCAAACCAGGGACUGCUUCGCUGUGCAAUAAACCCGAGUCUGUAGAGCUUGUUGAGGCCGGUGAUAGUCUUGGUUACUCUGCGCUCGGAUUUACUUCGCCCUCUUCAACAACUGAUUUGAACGGCUGCAAAGCCUCCUGCCUCAAGAAUUGCUCGUGUGUUGCCAUGUUCUUUGACAACAGAACCGAGCAUUGUUUCCUGUUUAACCAAAUAGGAAGCUUACAAGGAUCAGUUAGUGAUGGUGGGUUUAGUUCCUAUAUUAAAGACCUGAGUAGCAGUGGAAAUGGAAGAAAUGGUGGAAAUGGAGGGAGUGGAAAGAAACACUCGGCUGUUAUCAUGUUUAGUGUCAUUAUAACAGUACUUGUUAUCCUUGGCCUAGUUUAUACAGGAUUUCGUUAUCACAAGAAGAAAAUGAAGAAGUUGCCCGAAUCUCCCGAGGACAGUUCUGAAGAGGAUAAUUUCUUUCAGGGCUUAUCAGGGAUGCCUACUCGUUUUACCUACAAAGACCUUAAAGAUGCUACUAAUAACUUCAGAGAUAAACUUGGACAUGGUGGGUUUGGUUCAGUUUACCUAGGAGUUCUUCGCGAUGGGACUCAGUUGGCAGUGAAAAAGUUGGAAAGCAUCAGCCAGGGAAAGAAGGAAUUCCGGGCUGAAGUUAGUAUAAUAGGCAGCAUCCAUCAUCUCCAUCUUGUGAGGCUUAAAGGCUUUUGUGCUGAAGAAACUCACAAGCUUCUUGCUUACGAGUACAUGGCGAAUGGAUCCUUGGAUAGCUGGCUUUUCAGGGAUAACAAUGAAUUCUUGUUGGAUUGGGACACGAGGUUUAGUAUCGCACUGGGCACUGCUAAAGGUCUAGCUUAUCUCCACGAGGAAUGUGAUGUAAAGAUUAUGCAUUGUGACAUUAAGCCUGAAAAUGUGCUACUUGAUGAUCAUUUCCAUGCCAAAGUCUCAGAUUUUGGUCUUGCUAAGCUUAUGACUCGAGAGCAGAGCCAUGUGUUCACCACACUAAGGGGAACUAGGGGAUAUCUUGCACCGGAAUGGAUAAAAAAUUGUGCCAUAUCUGAGAAGAGCGAUGUUUACAGCUACGGGAUGGUGCUACUCGAGAUAAUCGGGGGCAGGAAAAACUAUGACUCAUCACAAAGUUCCGAGAAAUUCAACUUCCCAACCUAUGCUUUCAAGAAGAUGGAAGAGGGGAAGUUGAAGGAUAUCAUUGACAUGAAACUUAGAAUCGAUGAGAACGAUGAGAGGGUCGUGAGAGCUAUCAGAGUCGCCUUAUGGUGCAUAAAGGAAGACAUGUCCCUCAGACCUUCCAUGACAAAGGUAGUCCAAAUGCUUGAAGGCCUCUGCCCUGUAUUUGAACCUAUAAGUGAGGAGGGCACUUCAUCUGGGGCCUCAGCACCACCGGACUACAACACUGAUACUUCUAUGUCUGCUGUUCUACUAUCGGGGCCAAGAUAGAAAUUGAUACAGAUACUAUACGGCCUUCUUUGAUGAGCCAUUUUGUAUAGAUUUCGAGCCGAAAAAACCCAGACUUCCUUGCAUUUACUGCUCAUUAGAUCACUAGGAGAGUUUUGCCAUACCUAGCAAUAGUAAAGCUGCAUCAGUUGACAUAAUAGAUAAAAAUGCCUUUGAUCAUUGAGUUCAAGAAGUCCUUUAUCACCAAACACAACAUUGAAUAUGAAGUUCACCACUUUUCAUAGGUUGUCUGCAUCUGAUGAGUAGGCUGCUUUGUUGCCUUCUUGAUUCAUUGAUGCUAAUUGCAAAGACAUGUAUAAACCAGGUGGGGUGGUUGUUGGUAAAAUUUAUGAAUACUGGUAAACAUAUUCAAUGUUUGACUGCUAUGUGAUUGCUUUUCUCAGUUUCCAUAGUAUAGAGCUGCUCUUUUCAUUGAAUGACUCACUAAAAGUAGGGACAACAUUUUGGGUGUUUGGAAGGAUGGAAUUGUAAUUCCACUGAACACCAUGUAAUUUAUAUAUCAUGGUUUGAUUGGAGGGAAUUGCAAAUUUGUGGAUUUUUAAUUUCA